CGGAAGCAGAGGCUCCAGGACGCUGAGGGGCAGAAACCAGAGCCCCGGGGAGAAGUUGCAGCUCUCCUCCCGUCCUGUGCACAAGGAGACUGGGCCCCUGCGUCUGACCCUGGAAGGAAGAACCUCUGGAGAUGUCUUCCAAUGAUGACCCUGUUGCAAUGCCAAUGAUAGAAAGAAAUCCCAGUGACCUUCCUGGAAUGGACACCGGUGAUCUGGACACACAGACUGGAGAGGCUGUGUUGAGUUUUCAUAACAUCAGCUAUCGAGAGACGGUGCAGAGUGGAUUUCCAUUUCGUAAAAAAACACGUGUGAUAGAAAGACUGUCUAAUAUCAAUGGGAUCAUGAGACCUGGCCUCAAUGCCAUCAUGGGACCUGAAGAUGGGAGCCGAUCUUGGUUACUAGAUGUUUUAGCUGCAAAGAAAGAUCCACAUGGAUUAUCAGGAGAUAUUUUGAUAAAUGGAAAACCUCAACCUGCUAAUUUCAAAUGUACUUCUGGUUAUGUACCACAAAAUGACGUGGUGAUGCACACGGUGACUGUGAGAGACAAUAUAGAGUUCUCAGCGGCUCUUCGACUCCCAAUGACUGUAACAAGAGAUGAAAGAAGAAGGCGAAUUGAUGAGAUCCUUGAACUUCUGCAUCUGGAUAAAGUGGCAAAUGUCAAGCCUAGAUCUAAAGAGCUCAGGAAAAGGACCAGUAUAGCAAUGGAGCUGGUUGCUGAGCAUCCCAUCUUAUUCUUGGAUGAUCCCACCACUGGCUUAGACUUGGUAACUACAGUAGAUGUCAUCUUGGUUAUGAAAAGGAUGUCUAUGAGGGGACAGACAAUCAUCUUCUCCAUUAAUCAGGCUCAGUACUCCAUCUUCAGAUUUUUUGAUAGCCUCACCUUAGUGGCCUCAGGAAAAGUCAUGUAUCACGGGCCUGCACAAGAAGCGCUGGAGUACUUCACAUCCGCAGGUUAUGAAUAUGAUUCCCAGAACAACCCUGAGUUCUUCUUCCUGGACAUCAUUAAUGGAGGUUUCCCUGCUAUAUUAGACACAGAGGAAUACAAUCAUGCUGCCGACAAAUAUACAGAGCUUUCUGAGAGACAGCACCAAGUCACAGAAAAAUUAGCCAACAUGUAUGCCCAGUCCUCCUUAUGCAGAGAAACGAGAACUGAACUGGAUUUACUCUUGGGGGAACAGAGGGCAGGGAGGAUCUCAGCCUUGGAGGAGAUCACGUGUGUCACCCCUUUCUGGCAUCAGCUCGGGUGGAUUAUCUUUCGUUCAUUCAAAAAUUUCCAGGAUUUUACAUGGAUCACUAUAAUUCGGCUAAUUAUCACAGUCAUACUGGCUGUGAUUGUGGGUACCACUUUCCGUGUCCUAAGAAGUGAUUGUACAGAAGUCCAGGCCAGAGCCAGCCUGCUCUUCUUGCUCACAGGCUUUGAAUGUGUCAGGAGCUUGUCUACCAGGCAGCUCUUCAUGAUCGACUGGGAUCGCUUUCUACAUGAGCAUACCAGUGGAUACUACAGAGUGCCACCAUAUUUCCUUGGGAAAUUGCUGGGUGAGCUGGUACCCAGGUUGUUAUUACCAAGUAUUAUAUUUACUGUUAUAGUAUUCAUCAUAGUAGGAGUAAGAACAGAUGUGAAUGGUUUCUUCACUAUGAUAUUUACCAUCAUGAUGUUGGCUUGUUCUGCCAGUUCCCUGUCUCUGUCUUUAAAAACAAGGGAGAAUGCAGCAGCUGUACCAAUACAACUCAUGGCUGUCUAUUUUAUAUUCAUGCUGUAUAUCUCAGGUCCGUCACUAUAUUCAGGAAACUUACUAGCUGGACUUUCAUGGAUUCAAUACUUUAACAUUCCUCAUUACGGAUUUACAGCUUUGCUGUAUAAUGAAUUCCUGGGACAAAACUUCUGUCCAGAACAUAACACAGCAGAAAUCAGUAGAUGUCAGAACUAUGUAAUAUGUACUGGUGAAGAAUUCUUGACAAUCCAGGGUAUCGAUCUCUCAUCAUGGAGUUUCUGGAAGAAUCACGUGGCCUUAGCUUGUAUAAUGAUUAUCCUCUUUUCAAUUACCUAUGUACAAUUAUUAGUUCUUAAGAAAAAGAGACAUUUUUUAAAAUCACUCAGUCACCAGAAUGCAAGGCACUGA